AUCGAGUAAAACGGCUCUGUGUUGUAGGGAGGUUUGUUUGUGUAUUACGUGUUGAUGUUGUUGUUAUGUUUCCUUGCCUAUUGCAGGCGGCAGGAUGUAAAUAUUUUUAGUUAGUAAAAGUGCAAUGUGAUUGUAACAACGGUGUAAUGAAUUGUUACAUGAAAUUUUCACCAAGGGAUACAAAGACUGCCAAGAAUGAUCUUUUCAGUAUCAGUGUAAACAGGAUAUGGCAUAUUCGCAGUGUGUGCGAGUAUCAUUUGACAUUGGCCAUGAGGCAUCCAUUCGUGCAAAACGCACACCAGAAGGCUUCACUCAUGAUUGGAAAGUGUUUGUGCGAGGUACAGAUAAUGCUGAGAUACAGCAUUUUGUGGAAAAAGUAGUGUUCCAUUUGCAUGAAACGUUUCCUAAACCUAUCCGUGUUGUGAAAGAACCACCAUUCACUGUCAAGGAAUCUGGCUAUGCAGGUUUUACACUGCCAAUUGAGAUUUAUUUCAAGACCACUGAAGAGCCAAAAAAAUUCCGGUAUGAAUAUGAUCUGCACCUUCAACCAGCAGGUCCUCCCAUCCACAAGGUCUUGACACACCCAUUCACAUUUCCAAACCCUGGUGAAGAACUACGAAGGAGGCUUAUAAAGGGUGGUGGUGUAGGUGUAGGGACGGAGCCUGGAUCCCAAUUAGAAAAACUUCCUGCCAGUGGAGGGGACGAACAGUCCUCUGCAGCCCCUUCAUUAGGCAGCAAAUCCAAGCUUGGAUGGGAUGCAACAAAGAAGCACAAGGUUAAAGAUCUGCGUCCCCCUGAGAAGUUUUCCAAUAUUUUUGGAGAUCCUAUUAAACCCAGUUCCAGUAAAGUUUCUCCAGAUGGGACCAAAAAAUCAUCAUCUAGUGCUCCAUCACCCAAAAUAUCACCAAGUUCCAAAACUGUUCCGGGUUCAACGGGUGGAAAACAACUACCACAUCAUUCAAAAUCUGGAAAACAUUCAUCGGAAAGUCGAGGCAGUAAGGAAAAGGAUAAGGAUAAGGACAAGGAAAAGAAAGAAGGAAAAGAUCGGAAAGAUGGUAUCAAAUCCCAUCACACGUCACCAAAAGUUCCUCCACCUUCAUCACCAUCUUCAAAAUCCUCAUCCCACCCUGCUCAAGUUCCUGGUUCUCAAAAGCAGCCCUCUUCCUCAUCAUCAAGUACACCACCAAAAAUACCUGGUGCAGCACCUGCAGCAACAAAAUCAUCCUCUUCAUCUCAUAAGAGUUUAAAAGACGACACAACUCUAAAAAAGCCGUCAUCUUUAGCAGUAGAAGAAACAAAAUCAAAAUCAGAUGCCAAAUCAGCAACAGAAAGUAACAAAUCAGAAAAGAAAAAGAAGGACAAGAAAAAUCGUGAUGAAAAACCAAAGAAGGAGAAACAUUCCAAUAAACAUGAGUCUGCCAGUAAGGGAAGUAGUGAGAAGCCAUCAACUGAUAAGGUGCAGAAAGAACACAAGGAUAAAGAGGCCACAGAUACAAAGAAGAAGGACAAAGAACAUAUUCCUACCAAAGACCCUGUUAGUAAACCAUCAGGAGAAAAGGAGAAGGAAAGAGAAAAGUCAAAGCACAGUGAAAGUAAUGAUAAGGAGAAAAGGCACAAGCACAAGAAAAAAGAUAAGAGCACAAAAGACAGAGACAGAGAAAAACAAAAAGAGAGAAAAAGUGAAGUAAAAGAACGUGAAAAGACUGAAGUAGUGACACAGAAUCUGCCAGAAACAGCUGUUGAUGUUAUAAAACAGGAUUCUAGCAGUCCCAAACAAGAUUCCAGCAGUCCUUCACCAGAGAACACAUCAUCUAAGACGUGGAACAACAACUACAGUGGAGAAGCUGAGGUCCAGAAUCACACUGCAUCGUCCCAGCCAGCUCCAUCAAAGCGCCCAUUGAAUGCAUUGAUACAAGAAAUGGAGGGCAAUGACUCCUUAUCUGAUCUGUCUGAGGUAGAAGAUGUCUUACCACCGCCUCGGCAAGUUGUAGCUGCACCACCACCACCACCACCUCCGCCGCCACCUCCACCACUUCCUCCACACCAGAGCUCACCAUCCUCGGGUUCACCAAAACAGAGUUCUCCUGCAGUAACUGACCCUGCUAUUACAGCAAAAUCAGGUUCAAACCGUGCCACAAAGGAGAAGGGUGAGCGCUCUGCUGCAAAAAAAGCAAAAGAUAAACAACCAAAAGAGGGCAAAGAACGUAAGCGCAAAAGGCAUAGUAGCACAAGUGCUUCAACUGCAGAAGAGACUUCACAACCUCCACCUCCGAAAUUACCAAGACAGGAUUCGCCAGAACCUGAGCCUCGUGUAACACCUGAAGACAAAAUAGUGUCUCCAGAAACACAGUCUAGUGAACGUGUUCUUACAGCGGAGUAUGUCUCUCAACUGCGUGACCUCCAACGAAAGAUAAUGACCCUUGAAGACAAUGCUGAGCUUCAGAAAGUUGUGCAGGUUAUUGCAGAAACAGGCCAGUAUGAGAUAACGAAGAAGACUUUUGAUUUUGAUCUCUGUACAUUGGACCGAAGCACAGUUCGCAAGCUGCAGGAAUUCUUUGCCCCCUCCUGACAGCAGCCAUUCAUGGAUGAAGGAGUCUAGUACCUGGAAACACAUCAUCAGUCAACUAUGGCUGCAUGUAGUUUCACUAUAACAUGGGCAUCUGUAACACGUACUUAGUAUGUGACUGUGGUGAUUAUACAGUGAUGCCAAAUAGAAUAGAAAGGAGCUGAAUAAAAGUGUGUAACUAAGGAUGGUUAUUCCUGUAGCUGAUAUUUAUCAGCUUUAGUACUGUGUGAAUGUCUUUAUGUGAGUUUCACAGGAGUUUUGAUGUAAUUCUCUGCUCCCUGAAGUAUUUUUUUGAGUGGUGGCAGUACUGCAAAGCAGUAAUUAUUGCGUGUGUUCCGAUGAAAUUAGAGAGUAUUUUACCACUCUCUAUAAGUUAGGGUUCUGUGGAGUAUAUGAAAACAGUGCAUCAGUCACUGUUAUGUGUAACGGUAUUCAGUAUGUACUGCAUCAACAGCACUCUUGAACUGUGGUAUCUUUAAUCACUGUGAUUGCAGCAAUCAAAUGCAUGUAGUACCAUAUUGCUGUAACUGUUUUUUUAAUAGUGCAUUCCCCAUUUCAUCACACUUUUAGCUUUUAUAUGAAAAACUUGAUGACAAGAUUGGCAGUACCUGCUAAGGAAGACACCAAGUUGAGGGCAUACAUUGAAAGUUACAGUAUAUAUCUUGAUGAAGAUUGCUUUUUUUCUCACCAGACAGCAGAAGUAACAGUGAAUUGUUAUAAGACUCCUGACAGAGGCAGUUAAGAUGCUUCACUCUGUCUGGUGAGAGUGAGUAGUUUGUAAAAAAAUGCAGCAGCAUUUGUGUAACAGCAUUUUCUUCUUCUGUAUGUAAUACAGUGUCAUUAUGGAAUGCCACCUGUUAAAAAAGCAAUCUCACAUUACUUUACAUGAAUGACAUGAGGAACUUGAUUAAUAAUUGUGAUUAGACUGCUUUUUAUCUUGUUUUUGUUUUCUAUUUUGUAUCAUACACUGUUGUGUUUCAGUUUAUGAUAGCGUAACUUUUUAUGUGUAAUUUGUUGUGUGUUGUCUCUUUCUGUAAAAAAGAUAGUGGUUGAAAAUGUUAUUGUUGCAGUUGCAAUUUAUUGUUUAAAAUUUGUUACUAUGAUUUAACAAGUUUAGUUAUGUCACCUUAUAAUAAUGAUCUCACAGUUUCAUUUAGCAUGCAUCACAAUUUUACUGUGUUCACUGGAUGUGAGGUGUCCAUUUGUAACUGAUUCAGAUAUGUACUUAAUAGAAAUUUCAUUUAAAUACAUCAAUUUGUCAGGAACCCUGUUUAGUAUUUACAUGUUGUUGUUAUACAACAAAUUUCAUUGAGUUUUUACAAAAAUACACCUACAGUUUACUGCAGCCACCCUUACUUUCAUUCCCUCUCUUCUUCCUCUUCUUCUUCUUCUUGUGGGAGCAGUGCACCUCUGAAAGGAAGUUGCGCAAUGUGAACCUGUUCUCUUAUAUUUCACAAUAUUUUUUAUUCAGAACUCCCAAAGAUUAUUGUGAUGUCAAAUGUUUACUGAGUUUUAAAAUCCUUUGGUUUUUUUUUCCGUGCUCCAGUAUUCAAACAUUUUGAAAUAAUACUUGUACAUUGUACAAUGAAGAUAAAUUCCAAGCUAAUGUUUGUCAUGAAAUGUGACAUUUUGUUCCUGGAUAUGUUUCAUCAUUGUUAAUUGUACUGUGUAGUACAUACACCUGUGAUAAGUUUUCAUUAAAGUGUCCUUGAGUACUGUAAAGCCUACUGGUGAUAUGAUAGGCCUAAUAAUUGUUAAGAAAAUUGUAUUAUUUGUUGUAACUGUUUAAAACCAGUAAGUGAAAGGAGCAUUUUUGAUAGUUACAAAAAAGAAAAGAGUAUUUCAUCUGUGUCCAAAAUAUUACAGUGUUAAUCUCAUUGGUUACUGAGCUGUAAACACAGUUUCUUCAUUGAGUCCAGUCAUAACAUGGAACAUUUAUUUGAGCUGUAGUUUGUACACAUAAAAUGAUUCAACAGUUGUGAACAAACAAAUAUGUGUGUCAGAAUUUAAAAUUGAUGUUUCAGACUAUAAAAAAUUUAAUAUAUGAAAAAUGGUAGCAGUUAUUACUUACAGAAUAGUUUUCCCUUAAAGCAGAAUUUAUAAUCUUCUACCCCUAUUACAUUUAACAUUUCUUAAAACCUAUUGCUUUUUCAUGCUGAAUACUAACUUUUUGUGUCAUUUUCCACCCUUUUUUUCUCUAAUGUGAAUGUAAUUGCCCCUCAUUCUGAUUACAAAUUUUGUAUAAAGGAAGGAAACCAUGCUCCAAAGACAUCAGGGAGAGUUUAGUUGUGAAUGGAAUGUAACUCACUAAGGAAAUUGUAAAGGUAUACAAAUUUACAUGAGAGAUCAGUUCGUUAAUUGAAUAAAAAAAUGUGUAAUGCAAUGUAGGAUAGUCAUUUGAUAUCCUGCGACUUGAGAAAAAUAAGCAUACAGAGCUGCAGUAAACAGGACAUGCUGACAAAAACUGGCAAUUGAUAAAAAGUUUAAGUAUUUAUGUUGUGUGUGCUUUUUGUUUAAUCUGUUCUGUUUAUUCCUGCAGAAAAACAGACAUUGAAUAAAUGAUUAAAGUUGUUUCAGCCUUGGCCUUUUAUUGAGUGCCUUUGGCACUAAUUUGAUUGUCUGUAAUUUUUUAAAUUACAGAGUUUUUUUGUUUACUUGGUAUGUGAUACACCUUACACUACUUCACUGGGUGUCUUUAACAUAUAAUAAACAUCCUCUGUGCAGUAUAUAAUAUAAUUUUUCUUGUAUUUUUAAUUAAGUAUGACAGUUACACAUAGGGAAUGGUUGCAGUGGAACACAGGUUUACAAUUAGUGGGUUGUUAUACUUUGAACAUUAUUACAUGUAAAGAAUUGCUUCAUCUGUUUAGUCACAUGACAUUAAAAUGUUUGAGUCUCAGUCAGGUUUGUUUCAUGAAAUUAUUUUGUCAAAUGAUGUACUGGUGGCACUGAGAAGAGAAAGUGUCUACUUAAAGAAUUUAAAAUGUAAUAUAAAGUAUGACCAAGAUUGAAAAGAGAGAGAAGCCAGUGGAAAAAAAUACAUGUUGUACUUCCCAUUUUUCCCUUCUCUCUCUCUCUCUCUCUCUCUCUCUCUCUCUGUCUUGUGUCUGAUCCCUUCCCGAUGAUGUAUGUUGAUAUGACACUGAUAUGCCAGUAAAUAACAUGAUAUUAAAAAUGGCCAAAAAA